AUGGCCGAUGCGAGCCAGUCCGAUGGUGACAGUAACACUUUCAAGAUAGUGCCUGCGUGUGACACUUGUCGGGCUCGCAAGAUCCGGUGCGACCGAAAGACACCGUGUUCAAGCUGCCAAAGCUCCGGGGCGUCGUGUCACACUUCCAAGCGCAAGCCUGAAAAGAGGCAGCGCGUCCUCAUUUCUGGAAGAUAUGAACGCGAAAUCGAAAAGGUCAAUGAUAGACUUGCUCGAUUGGAGACGCUCUUGCAAGCUGCCAACAGCAGGCAAGCCCGUCUUCAACCAUCGCCUCAGUCAUAUGCAGAAACUCUGUCAACCCCUCGUGAUAAAUCAGGGUUCGAAAAAGAACCAGAUUUUGCUGGAGACUCAUCCUUCGUUGCUCAUUCGAAAGAUGCGACGCAAGCAUUCGAACGCAGCCUCAACCUCAAUGUGCGCGGAGAUGUUGCUGCUGCGGUCGCCACGCUGAGAACCUUCCUCGACAACGAUGGUCCCUCUGUUGCUGCUGGCUCCGACACGGCUCUCGUCCAGAAGCCUAUUCAAGAAGCGGUUCUCUACCCAGAACUGGCCAAGUUGGAGCUUCCGUCGAUGCAGGUCGUCCUGGGAGUGUUGCGACAUGCUAAAACACAUCCAUACCAAGUCUUCUACGAAUAUCCCUUGCUGGAUGUCGAGCGUCUCUCGGACUUGUGUCGUAAAAUCUAUUUCCCUACCGAUGACUAUACCAUCGCGACCUUCAUCACAGUCCAUGUGGCACUGUAUUUCCUCUGCAACCAGAUGCCGAAGGAUACCGCGAAGGAUCUCAACUUUUCUUCUGACGAGCUCCAACAGCUUGCAGACACCUGUGCCCACAAUGCUGAGACCGCCAUGCGCAGUAUGAGACUGUUUAUGGAGGCUUCUUUUGAAACAAUCGAAGCCCUCCUUCUUGCGGCAAUGAUGACGGUGGAGCAUUCCAACUUGUCUUUAGGCUGGACGCUGAUGACGACGGCAUCUAGAAUGCUUCAGGAUGCAGGGUACCAUCGCCUACCGCCUUAUUCAGUAGCACCUGAGGCAACCAAGAAAAGAAUCGUCUUUUGGCUCGUAUACGCCUUGGAACGAAGCCUGGCCCUUUGCUUGGGAAGGUCUUCAAAUAUUCAAGACUGCGAUAUCACCGUCGAACGACCCAAAGUGCCCGAAGAGCUCAAUGGACCCUUUGGGCUUUUGUAUCUGGGCUGGAUUCACCUAGGAGAGCUUCAAGGCCAGAUUUAUGAGCAACUGUAUUGUGCCCGUGCACAGAAACAAUCGCCUGAAGCCAAAGGACACGUUGCACGCGCUCUCGCUGGACGACUUUUCGAAAUGGAGGCACACUUCAAGAUCGAAAUCGAGGGAUACCCAUUUGCAGAAGCCGUCUCUGAAAAUCUGCACUCCACCCGAAUAAGUCUAGCUACGCUCCUCACUCUAAUCUAUCGGAUGAUCCCACCUGAUCCGCUCCCCUCUGGUCAGCCGCAUCAUCCUCUCAAGUUCCAUGAUCUGGCAAUUAAAUCGGCCCGUGAAGCUGUCAUUAUGCAUAACGACGCCUGGAACGUGCUGAGACACCGUCAAAGGCAGGAGUGGUACCUCUUCGUCGUCUGGACUGUUCAAUGGAGUCCCUUCGUUCCCUACAUCGUCGUGUUCGGGAACGCCAUCGCGGACAGGAAUGUGGAGGACUUGCAACUUCUAAAGGAGGUGGUUGACGGGCUAGAGAGCAUUGCGGAUAUGAGCCCUGGAGCGGGAAAGCUGUACCGUUCCUGUCAAAAGUUUUAUCAAAUCGCAAGCAUAUAUCUCGCGCAGGUCAAGGCAGACAACAAUGAGAGCCAGCAAGGGUCCUCCUUUGACUCGUCGGGAUCCUCGGCGCGAAAGGUCUCACAGCCUGCUCAGGCUCCGGCUCCGGCUCCGGCUCAGACUAGCAUCUCGUCACUCGAUGCGAGUAUGUCGGAGUUACCACUUUUCCAGCAAGACUGGGAUGAGAUGCUUGAAGGGUGGCAGCUGAGAACUGACGGUGGCGACACUGGCGACAUUUCCGCCUUCUUUGGCCAGUACCUCGGCGGCGGUGCUGGAAACUUUGCUGAACCACCUACGGAGCCCUUUCCCUGA